UUUAAAAUAAAAUAAAUAUGUUAAAUGUUUAUAAACAGACAUUCCUUCACUCGUCAGCUACAAAAGUCCGCUCUUUGCAGCUGAACUUUUUACACUCGUUUACAUCUUUCUUCUUUUUCUCUCCAACAUCUACUUUAUAUAUCUAUUUCUUUUCAAGUGUAGAAAGUGUAAGUGCAGAACGAGGGAAGCCUCUAGCUGAGGACGAGGUUAGGUUAGGGCUUCGGAGUGGAGGGAGACUGGAGUUGGAGAGUGGAGCUGGCGCGAGGCGCGGUUUAAAGCCGACCGAGAGGAAUAUUGUCAUUUGCUGCUCGUUAAAAAUCAUCAUGCUUUCGCGUCACGCGAGUAAACUUUUGCGCCAUUCAUAUUCACGUGCCGUCUCGAAUUGCCGUAGCUUCGCCUCGGCGAACGUUGAAACAGAUCCCGUAGAAAGAGAUCCAGCGCCGUUCUUUUUCAACGAAGAAGUUCAAGCGUGCCUCAGAACGUUGACGACAGUGGACUAUAGUAAAGUCCUCCGGACUCGCAGAGAUGGACACAAGCUCAAACCGCCGGAGUAUAAGUUCCUGACCGACGAAGAGCUCGAGGAAGCUACGAAAGCGGCGAGACGUAGGGCGGAGAAAUUUUUGCAAAUGCCGCCGGUUGUGAAACAGAGAUUAGAUCCGUCCGCGCCGUUAUGCGAGGAUGCUGCGCUACAGAGUCACGAUACCGUUAAAUACGUGUUCACUGAUAUCACGUUCGGUCUUCGGGACAGAGAAAGAUUGAUAGUAAUUAGAGAACCGAACGGAACAUUGAGACACGCCACUUGGAAAGAGCGAGACAGAUUGGUGCAAUCCUUUUUCCCGAAGCCGGAAAGGCAAAUACAAAAACCAAAAAUGUUCGAAGGCGAAUACUUGCAGGACUUGUUAAAUCGCAAAGAAUACGAGUUCAUCCUGGAUCGCGCGUGCGUGCAAUUCGAGCCGGACAAUCCGGAUUACCAGGCGGUCACCCGGGAAGUCUACGAGCACAUAAACGCCGAGAAACAUUUCGAUAUUUUAAGAUCCACGCGUCACUUCGGGCCGAUGGUGUUUCACCUAGUAUGGACGAGCAACAUCGACAACCUGCUUCUCGAGAUGAUCGAGACCGGUCGGGUUAAAGAUGCCGCGCUGCUGAUACGUCUGUAUCAUAUGAUUCAUCCUACAACCAAGUCGGCGGUUGAGCGGUGCGAGCACACGGACGAUGCGGAAUUUAUUAUGCAUUACGCGCGCCUCGAGUCGACGAGGAAAGACAAGAUCCAGAAGCUCCUGCAGUCGUACAAGGAGUUGCAGCGAGAACGUGAAAUCGUGGCGGAGGGUAUCAAGCUGGCGCACGGCAUUUCUUCGGAAAUAACGGAUAAGGUGUAAAUAUACAAAUCAAUAAAUAUCUAGUAUCUUUUCUUGUUAUAAUUAA